UUCGGAGUGACACGUUUGCUGGUGCGUGGAACGCUGCACAGCUGUGUCACAUAGCUUUAUUCCAUCUCUUCAUUCUGGUCCCUUUAAAGCAACGACAACGUCGGGCAUAGAAUCAGGGGCGCCUGUUUCGGAGUGACACGUUUGCUGGUGCAAGAAAUAAUGGCUCAGGAAACCACGAAAGGCUUCGCUGAAGACGUGACCAUCGAGGACCGCGUCGUCAAGUCUACAGUUCAAGAUCUCGAGAUUCCGGACGAAGAUUUUGCAACUUUUCUCAGAAAUGUGUGGAAUAAGGAGCCCGACGCCACGGCGCUUGUUGACGCGGCCACCGGGCAGCGCUACACCGGAGCGGAAGUCGUGGACACUUGCGAGCGCAUUGCCGCUGGAUUCCAAGCUAUCGGCCUCGAACCUGGAGACAUAGUAGCAUUUGCGUCCGUCAACAGCGUCGACCUGGUGAUGGCCUUCAUCGCUGCCAUCUUCAGCGGUGCAAAGAUCACCUGCGUGAAGACCGCGUUUAAUGAGAGGGAGAUGACGCGAGUUCUCAUGACGACGAAACCCAGUGUCAUCUACUGUGACAUGGAAAGCGCUGACAAAGUUCAAGAAGCAUGCCAGAACCUGCCCUCCGUCAAGGCCCUGGUGGCAGCUGGUGAGCGUGAAGGCAUGGCGAACAUCGUGGAGCUUAGAAAGACUCCUCGGAACCUUUUCAAGCCACCAACGCCGGCUGACCCAGAGGACGUUGUAAUUGUGUUCCACUCCAGUGGGUCUACUGGUUUGCCCAAGGCCGGCCUCAUAAGUCACCGCAACUUCAUUGCAGAACUUGUGACUUUCGGCUACAAGAACGAAGGAUUCGGCAAGGGAGACAUAUUCCUAGGUUAUCUGCCCCUGAUGCACGCCGCCCCCUUGUGGCUUCUCUUCUCGAUGCUCGCCCAUCACGUUCAAGUUGUGCUGGUGGCCGCGAAGGACCUGGGCUCUGUGUUCGGACCCAUUGCAAGAUACAAGGUGACCACGUUGAUACUGUACCCGACGCACGGCCUGCACAUCGUGCAACGGGGCUUGCCACCCACCCUGGACGUGAGCAGUUUGCGAGCGGUGUACAUCGCUGGAAGCUCCAUUCCACAGCAAGUGCUCAAGCAACUCGGUCAGGUGUUCCAAGGCUGCCUCAUCAUUCACGGUUACGGCCUAACGGAAGCUUGCUGCGCCAUCGCCCAUACACGAGGACAAUGCCAUGACUUCAAGACGGCUGGAAUCCCUAUGCCUUACGUGAGCAUUAAGGUCGUGGACGUAGACACGGGAAAGAAACUCGGCCCCGAGGAGUGCGGCGAGAUCUGCGUCAAGGGACCCACUUGCUUCAAGGGAUAUCUCGACGCGCCUGAGGCUACCGCUGCCGUGUUCGACGACGAAGGAUUUGUGAAAACAGGUGACACGGGCUAUUACACAUCGCGGGGCGAGCUUUACGUGUUGGACAGGAUCAAGGACAUUGUCAGGUGCAUGGACCAGCAGGUGGCACCCGCCGAGCUUGAGGAACUGCUGCAGGCGCAUCCGGAUGUAACGCAGGCUGCCGUUGCUGGCGUGCCGCACCCUGAGUACGGCGAAGCGCCCAGGGCGUUCGUGGUGCUCAAGGGAGGACAGCGACCUGCUACCAAGCAGCAGGAAGAAGCUAAGAUAGCGGCUCUCACUGCUUACCUUAAAGGUCUGGUGGCACACCACAAGCAACUGCACGGCGGAAUUGAGUUCGUGGAUGUCAUACCGCAGACUGAGACCGGAAAGCCGCACCGACGCCAGCUAAGAGAUGCAUAUCUACAGCGGAAAGAGGUUGCAACCAAACCUUGAACUCGGAAAAUAACGCCGGGAAGGCGGCGUCAAGCAACGAGGCCUAUGAGGAGGGCUUUUCCCACCCUCAAACUUUGGGCGCCUUGAGAUAUGUGUUGGGUUUGACAAUGUAAUCUACAUAAAGAGAAAUACAAUAAACAACAUGAAUUUAGUAUUUUUGAA